UGAUAGUCCGGGAGGCUGAGGCUGCAGGACGACAUAGGAACAAGGAGCAGUGCCCGUCUGCACGGCUCCUCACAUGCCUGUGCCCACAGUGCCCGCCAUGCCCAUUGUGGAGAAGCUGAAGGAGGCGCUGAAGCCGGGCCGCAGGGACUCGGCGGAUGAGGGGGAGCUGAGCCGCCUGCUGGCCGCGUCUGCCAAGAAGGUGCUGCUGCAGAAGGUGGAGUUCGAACCUGCCAGACGGAGCUUCUCCUUCCAGCUGGAUGCCCUGAAGAGCAAGUAUGUGCUGCUGAACCCGAAGCCCGAGGGAGCUGGCCGCCAUCGGAGCGGUGAUGAGCCACAGCCCAGGAGACCAGGCAGUGAGCAUGGCUCAGAGAGCGCCGCCGGGGAUGGGGUCCCCGCCCCCCAGAAAGUCCUCUUCCCCCUGGAGCGGCUUUCGCUGAAGUGGGAACGUGUGUACCGUGUGGGCGCUGGCCUGAACAACCUCGGCAACACCUGCUUCCUCAACUCCACUGUGCAGUGCCUCACCUACACACCACCGCUGGCCACCUACCUGCUCUCCAAGGAGCACGCCCGCAGCUGUCGCCAGGCAGGCUUCUGCAUGCUGUGCCUCAUGCAGAACCACAUUGUCCAGGCCUUCGCCAACAGCGGCAACGCCAUCAAGCCCAUCUCCUUCAUCCGGGACCUCAAGAAGAUCGCCCGGCAUUUCCGCUUUGGGAGCCAGGAGGAUGCCCACGAGUUCUUGCGCUACACGGUGGACGCCAUGCAGAGGGCCUGCCUGGGUGGGGCCAGGUUGGACCGGCAGACACAGGCCACCACCCUAGUCCAUCAGAUCUUCGGGGGCUAUCUCAGGUCUCGCGUCAAGUGCUCCGUGUGCAAAAGCGUAUCAGACACCUACGAUCCCUUCCUGGACGUGGCACUGGAAAUACGGCAAGCAGCAAACAUCGUGCGAGCACUGGAGCUCUUUGUGCAGCCUGAUGUGCUGAGCAAGGAGAACGCGUACAUGUGUGCCCGGUGCCGGAAGAAGGUCCCGGCCAGCAAGCGCUUCACCAUCCACAGAGCCUCCAACGUGCUGACGCUGUCGCUCAAGCGCUUUGCCAACUUCAGCGGAGGCAAGAUCACCAAGGAUGUGGGGUACCCCGAGUUCCUGAACAUCCGGCCCUACAUGUCCCAGAGCAGUGGCGAGCCGGUGAUCUACAGCCUCUAUGCCGUCCUGGUGCACUCGGGCUACAGUUGCCACGCCGGCCACUACUACUGCUACGUGAAGGCGAGCAGCGGGCAGUGGUACCAGAUGAACGACGCACUGGUCCACGCAAGCAGCGUGCAGGCUGUUCUCAACCAACAGGCCUACGUGCUCUUCUACCUGAGGAUCCCCAGCCCGAAGAAAAGUCCCGAGAGCACCAUCUCUCGGUCAGGCUCUGCCCUCUCUGCCCGGCCCAGCCCUGGAGGAGGUUCCGUGCACAGCAGGAGGCCUUCCAGCCAUGGGGCCACUGGCUCCCCGCUUCCUGGAAAGCGACUGGACCCCAUGGCCAUGCGGAAGCCGCCCCCCUCCGAUGAGGUCGGGGUCCCUGUUGCCAGGAACGGCUCCGUGUCAGGUCUGAAGCUGCAGAAUGGGCACGCGUCCCCAAAGCCACCUGCGGGGACCCCUUCUCCCCGACACUGUACCACGCCAGCCCACAGGCCCACAGUCCUGGAGGAGCCAGUGAAAGUGGACCGGAAGACACCGGCCCUGCAGCGCACCUCCCCGCCCCCCAAAACCGCCCAGAGCCCCACCAGCAGCAGGCCUGAGAACCGGAGACAGGGCUCCUGGGAUGGGGCCGCUCCCCACUCUACCUCACCCCAGCUGCACGGGCCCAAGGUGGGCGCCGAGGGCCGGAACUCCCGCCUCUCCAGUCCCGAGCACUCAGCCGGCCGCGGCCCUCAGGGAUCAGACUUGAGCCCCGGCUCCAGAGUGGACCCCAAGAUCAGCAAGCCCAAGGGCCUGGGCAGUGCCACCGCACCUGAGCUCACCAGCCUUAUGUCCCCGCCGCCCGCCAAGAGACUGGCCCUGUCGGCCAAGAAGGCCAGCACCCUGCGGAGGCCCAUCGCCAAUGACCUCCCGCCUCCCUCCGACCUCACCCCCAGGACGGCCUCGCGCCCCGCCGCCGCCUCCGCCAGGCCCGGCACUGCCUGCAGGGCCGUCGCAGAACCCCCCCGACCCUCCAGUCACCUGAAGCUCUCCUCGAACCCCAGCCCCCUCACCGCGUCGCUGCCCCUGGGGCUGGCAGCCCCCCCAAGCCACGCCUCUGCCUCCACCAUCCCCCGGCCUCAGGUUAAUGGGACCUCGUGGUCCCCUCCACACCAGCAUCACCAGGGCCUCAGUAAGAAGAAGCGGAGGAAGGCACACACAAGGGAAAGCGGGGGGCCCUGUUCAGAAAAGCCAGUGGCUGUUGCACCCCCAUCCGGGAAGAAGAGGAAGAGGAAGAGGAGGCGCCUGGAGGACGAGACUGCCUCUCACCUGCAGGACGAGCCCCGGCCCCCAGGGGAGCCCCCUGAGAUUCGGGAAACCCCCCUGGAGGAGCAGGGCCCGCAGCAGCUCGUGAAUGGCUGGUCGGGAGUUGGGCGGCAAGUGGGGGCUGCCCCGGACAGCUGCAGCAGUAAGAAGAAGAAGAAGAGGAGGAGGAGGGAGAGUGGGGGCUCGCUCCAGCUCAGCGUCCAGCUGGAAGCCACCGAGGGCUCCCCAAGAAAGAAGAAAAGGAAGAGGUCAGAGUCCGGACGGGAAGCUCAGCAGGUCCCAAGUCCUGAUGGCAGACAGAGUCCCCAGCCCGAGCAGAGCCCGCCCUCAAUGCCAGUCAACGGCCGCCUUGCGGGUUCCUAUGCAGGAUUCACACCAGAUCCUCCCCCAGCCCGGCCCAGAACUCAGGGCUUGGACGUGGUCCAGGAGCUCCUUCGCUAUGCUGCAGACACAGCCUACGGGAAGAAAGUUCUGACGUGGGACGGGGCGCUGUCGGCUGUGAGUCAGGACGCCGCCCGCGACCGCACACUGGCCUGCGCUGCGUCGGUCACGGACGACUGGGACACCGAGUUUGACCGCGGGAAGGAAAAGAAAAUGAGAAAACUCAAGAAAGAAAAGAAAAGAAACUUCAACGCCUUCCAGAAACUUCAGAGUAGACGGAACUUUUGGUCUGUGACGCAUCCAGCCAAAGCCGCCAGCCUGAGCUUCCGUCGCUGACCAGCCACCUUUGGGGACCCAUGUGCUUUCCUGUGGCUCCAGAGCUCGGGGUCUCUUUCUAGGGUCCGGGCCAUCCCGUGGCCCACCCCACUGCUGCAGGAAGAGGAGGAGGCAGCGCCCAAGGAAGAUGUUGGGACACGAGACAGCGCAGCAAGAGGCCCACGGUGUGUUCAAGUCGAGGAGCAGUGCCUGACACCCCCAAGCCCUGGUGUCCCUGCUCCUGACAGUGGCGCUCGUCCAGGGGCACCAGGGAGCAGGAGAAGGGCAUGUCGGACGUGGAUCCCGCCCUGGACAAGGCAGGUGCCUCCAGCGAGGAGCCCACGUCGGUGCCCCUUUCUCGGGGCAGGACCUUGGGAGCUCCAGCCUCUUUGCUGUUCUGGGGCACAGCGGAGCUCUGGCCGCAUCCUGAGCACUGAUGGCUGAGUAGGGCCAGCCUGGGCGUUCGUCCUGGCGGUGGACCCCUCUCUGCUUCCUGCCCACUCCUCAGUCCUGUUCGCCCAGAAGAUCCUGGCAUGUCAGGGAAGUCUGUAGCUUGGUAGACAGGCUGAUAAGAUGGAUGGGCAGGCCUAUUUCCGAGGUUGAUCCCAUCGCAGCCAGCCUGCCGGGGCUCUGGAAAUGCCACUGCACACCUGGGCAUCGCCCUCCCUGCUGCCCCCCUGCACCCUUCUGCCUCACUUUGCCCGGUGCCUGGGUCUGUGUCUCCCGGCGGUGACGGCCAUGAAACCAUACUUUGGGGAGGCAGCGCGCCUCUUUUCUUGCGGGAGUUGGCCUUUUCUCCUUUGGCUCUUCGCUUUCCUGAGUCUGUUCCAGCUGGGAGAAGUCAGCUCUUGAACCCCGACUCCGUGGGUCAGAGGGCAGCUCUCUGCGCCGAGGCCGACGCUCCUGGGAACUGUCCUCAGCUCCAUGUUCCUGCCAUGUUGUCAUCCAGAAAGGAAAAAAACACAUUUAUUAGCACAGAGCAUGUUUGCUUGCUCUUUCUGUCCCAAGCCUCAGGGGUGGGGACCUUUGUCUCUGGCUGCAUUUCCCCUCCCUGAGGGAUCCCUGUAUCUCAGGGGUGAAUUUCUGUAUCACCUCCCACCACCCCACACCGACGACUGUGCCGGGCCAUGCCAAGCUAAUUCCAGGUGGGCUAGAGCCUUGGGAAAUGGGAAUGAAGAACGGAGCAGCCCUCCAGGCUCUGGGCUCAUCUCUUCAUGGGUUGGGCUGUGUGGGGAGCAUGUCUGUCUUGGGGUUUCCCGCCUCCGCCAUCUCCCAGGUGUUGGUGGUCCCAGAUUGUUAUCAUCUUCCUGUGUCGGGGUGAGACCCAGGGCCCCUCUGUCCGGCUACAAUAAAACAGGGUUUCUCGG